GCGUCCGUGUUGUACGUGCUGAACGGAAGUAGCCGCUACUAGCCGAAAUAUGCGCACAAUUUUCUCAUGUUCUUCUAUCGUCUUGAAAUCAGGGCUUCGCGGGCGGGCGGUUCUUAGGUCCUUCGGUUCUAGCCCACUCCUAUAAAUGCGGAACGCGUAUUUCCGGGCGGGGCGGGUAAACAAAACUACACUCACUUUUUAGACAGGCGGAGUAUUGGAGAGACGUCGACCACUGGUUGAAAUCAGGUGAAACGAACGGCUGCCACGCUCAAGGAAAACGAAGCCACUCUCGGACCACCUGGUGUUUGAAACGACCAUCCUUUGGAUGCAUCACAUUUUCACUGACUAGAAAUAACAAACAUGGCAUCCAUGGACCUGGAGAAGUUGAAGAUGACGGGGGCCGGCCGGGCAAUAGCGGUGCUCACUAGCGGUGGCGACGCACAAGGGAUGAAUGCUGCUGUGCGAGCUGUGACCAGAAUGGGCAUCUAUGUUGGUGCCAAGGUCUACUUGAUAUAUGAGGGCUACCAGGGCCUUGUGGAAGGCGGGGAUCACAUCAAACUAGCACACUGGCAAAGCGUUACUAACAUCAUCCAGCUGGGCGGAACUGUGAUUGGCAGUGCGCGAUGCAAAGUGUUCAUGACCCGCCAAGGAAGGCUGGCGGCCGCCUUCAACUUAGUGAAACGGGGGAUCACCAACCUGUGCGUGUGCGGCGGCGACGGCAGCCUCACCGGCGCCAACAUUUUUCGAAGCGAGUGGAGCAGCCUGUUGGAUGAGCUUGUCCAAAGUGGGGAAAUCACGGAGGCGCUGGCGAAGCAGCACAGCCAUCUCAACAUUGUGGGUCUGGUGGGCUCCAUAGAUAACGACUUCUGUGGCACUGACAUGACCAUCGGAGCAGACUCUGCUCUGCACCGCAUCAUGGAAAUCAUUGAUGCUAUCAUGACUACUGCACAAAGCCACCAACGCACGUUUGUCCUGGAGGUCAUGGGCCGCCACUGCGGCUAUCUAGCUCUCGUGUCUGCGUUAGCAUCCGGCGCUGAUUGGCUCUUCAUCCCAGAGGCUCCUCCUAAGGAUGACUGGGAGGAUCGCAUGUGUGACCGUCUCGAGGCGAGUCGUAUCAAAGGGUCCAGACUCAACAUUAUUAUUGUUGCAGAAGGUGCUAUCGACAUGCAUGGCAAGCCCAUCUCCUCCACUUAUCUGCAAGAUCUGGUAGUGAAGCGGUUGGGCUACGACACCAGAGUCACCGUACUCGGACAUGUUCAGCGAGGAGGAACUCCUUCUGCGUUCGACAGGAUACUGAGCAGCAAGUUAGGUGUGGAGGCGGUCGUUGCCCUGAUGGAGGCGUCUCCCGACACCCCGGCCUGCGUCAUUGGCCUGUCUGGCAAUCAGGCCGUCCGUCUGCCUCUCAUGGAGUGCGUGGAGAUGACAAAGUUGGUGCAGACGGCCAUGAAUGAGAAGAGGUUUGACGAGGCUGUUAAACUGCGUGGCGGGAGUUUUGAAAACAACUGGAACAUCUAUAAGCUUCUUGCCUUCCAGAAGCCUGCCCAGUCAAAGAGCAACUUCUCGCUCGCCAUCCUGAAUGUGGGCGCCCCGGCGGCGGGCAUGAACGCGGCCGUGAGGUCGGCCGUGAGAUUGGCCAUCGCUCACGGGCACAAGGUCUACGCCGUGCACAACGGCUUCCAGGGCUUUGCCAAUGGCGAUGUGUUUGAGAUGGAGUGGCACAAUGUGGCGGGAUGGACGGGCCAAGGAGGCUCGCUGUUGGGCACAAAACGAACACUUCCGAGCAAACACAUGGAGAAGAUUGUGGAGAACAUCGACAAGUUCAAUAUCUCAGCUCUACUUGUCAUCGGAGGGUUUGAGGCCUACAGAGGCGUGCUGGAGCUCUUUGAGGCCCGAGCCCACUACGACGCGCUGUGUAUUCCAAUGUGUGUGAUUCCCGCUACCAUCAGCAACAACGUCCCCGGAACGGACUUCAGUCUGGGGGCCGACACUGCCGUUAACGCUGCAAUGGAGGGCUGUGACAAGAUAAAGCAGUCUGCUACAGGGACAAAGAGACGCGUCUUUGUGGUGGAAACAAUGGGGGGCUACUGCGGUUACCUAGCGACCAGCACCGGCAUCGCUGUGGGCGCCGACGCGGCCUACAUUUUCGAGGACCCCUUUAACAUCCACGACCUGAAGACCAAUGUGGAGCAUCUCACAGAGAAAAUGAAGAAGGACAUCCAGCGGGGGCUCGUACUGAGGAAUGAAAAAUGCCAUGAGCACUACACUACGGAUUUCCUCCACAAGUUGUAUUCCGCCGAAGGGAAGGGCAUUUUUGACUGUCGGGUCAACGUGUUGGGACAUCUUCAACAGGGAGGGGCGCCAUCUCCCUUCGACCGAAAUUAUGGCACCAAGCUGGGAGUGAAAGCCAUCCAGUGGAUAAGUGAAAAGCUGAUAGAAAACUUCCGGCAAGGUCGCGUGUUCUGCAACUCCACAGACACGGCGUGCGUGCUGGGCCUCCAGAGGAAGGUCGUCUCAUUCAGCCCCCUCACUGAACUCAAGGACGUCACCGACUUUGAGCACCGCAUGCCCAAGGUACAAUGGUGGUUCAACCUGCGGCCCAUGCUGAAAAUGUUGGCCAAGUACCAGACCAGCUUCUGCGAAUACAUCCCGGGAGAGAUCGAACACGUGACCCGGCGCUCUCUCAGCAUCGACUCGGGCUUCUAGGUUCUCCCCGACUGCACUCGGCACUUUUUUAAAGCAAGAGGGGAAAAAAAAAACCAAACCCAACCCCGCUCCUUCCGUGACAUUUCCACAUGCCUGCUUACGUACCGUACGUUUUUGAAGCUAAAGUGUUUUAGCAACUGUAUUGAAAAGGGUUCAUCAGGACAUACUAACUGCUGUUCUUUUUUAUGAGUGGGGCAUUCAAAACAAAUAAGGUUUUAUUACAGUGGAACCACCAAGGUUGAACACUGUUCUUUCAGGGACAUGUAGUAAAGGAAUGGAAAUAAUCUGUUCCUGUCUCAAGCUGUCAAUAUUAUAAACCGGAUGUCCACAGAUCCUCAAAAAUACUGUAAAGGCAUGGAUCCAAUGAACAUAAAAACAAGGCCUUCAUUGGCAUUAAAAUGUCCUAAAUCAGUCUUUUCAAACUCGUACAAAUUUUCAACACCUGAUAAAUAGGAUUUUAUGAUUGUGAAUAGUGUCAAAACUCCUGAAAAAAUAAUUUACCAAAUGACUCUUGUGGGGGGAAAAAACGCUCAUUUACGCCAGCGGAACUUAGAGUUUAAAAAAAAAAAAAAAUCAAAACAGUUUGAUAACUUUUAUAUUAGGUUAUUGUUAUUAUUAAAUUAAGUUUUGCUGUUGUAAAAACUGGCUUUCCUGCAUUUUACAACAAAGAAAUAACAGUUUAUGGAGCUAAUUGUCCUUUGUAUUGCCCCCCCCCAUCCCCCAACAAACAAACAAAACCUAAAGAUAAUUAAAAACAACUCCAAAUUGUUUUGGAGCAAACAACUUGCUUGUUUUGUUGCACUAACAUUGUUGCCAUAAAUGUCAAAAAAUAUAUAUUUUAAAGUUGUUCCAACUUAAAUUACCAGGUUAGUCCCCAAAAAGCACAAGUUGUCAUUGGUUUUUUUUUUUUUUUUUUUUUGAAAAAUAAUUAUAAAACAGUGACGUGGUUUUAGUUGGGACUCUUAAAGAGCAGACGUCGUUUAUGUACUCUAGCAAUUUUGGACAACAUGGGACAUUAGGAAGUUGCUCUUAAAUUUAAUUUCAAAUGGAUUUAGAAAGUUUUAGCCUUAAAUUGAACUUGCCUUAAGCUGUAGGAAUGCUGAUAAAGGUAUUUAUUAUUACCUGCAAUGUGGUGGCCUUUAAGAUGAUUCAGGUUUUUACAUGAUUUGUUUUUUUUUUCCCCCUGGUACAGCAGCAUUUCACUUCUGUUUAAAAAAAAAAAAAUCUUAAUCCAUCCAUUCCACAGUUAUUAUUUUCCUCUGUGAUAUACUCUGAAUUUGAUUGUCGUGGCAUAGGCUCCGGCUCACCCGCCAUUCUAAUGAGGUCCAUCGCUAGAAAAUGAAUGUUUGGAUGAAUGUCGUGGUUUCACCAAGGUGUUUUUUUCCAAAGUGCAGGCAAAGCUUUACCUUUUCAAGAGCGGAGUUACUUUGUACAACUACUGAAAGCGAUCAUGAACGGUAACCAAAAUAGUCCCGAGUCACGUUGUUGCCUUCCCGUCAUUUUGCACUCAAGUGUUAUGGACUUGAAUAAAUAUUUACACACUGUAAGACUUAA